UAAAAGUUCAACAAGAAACACUUCAGCAAAAUUCACAAAAUCCUUUAACAAACCAAGAAACUUCCCAUCAAGCCUCUAUUCGUGCAGCACUUGAAUUUCUUAAAACUCAAAAACUUAGCUCAGCACCACCUUUAAACAUCCAUAGA